UGUCCUCCAGCAGCAGCAGCAGAGCCAGAGCUGCACUGUGUGGAUAAACACUACGCUAGGUCUGUAGCAGGGUUUCUCGCCUCCUAGUCUCUCCUGUCCGGGAAUUGUCAGCACUCAGAUUGGCUGUGCAGCACAGCACUAUUAUGCGAGCACCGUCCGUAGUGAGGGAGCACCGUGUGAAGUGAGUUUCCUUGAAUCAUCUAUAUGGGCCAUCUUCUCUCGAAAAAUGGUUACCGUCUGAAGAAGAGGACACGUAAGUUGCAUCACAGGAAGAAAAAGAAGAGGAACUGCUUCCUGCAGCUGCCUUGCAUGCUCUGCUUCAUCGUCCACAGCAACAGCAGUGGUCUUGACGACGAAGGUGACCAUUUGGAGGCCGCCAUCAACGGCAGUGUGUGCCGUCACAACAGCAUCACAGGAAUCAGUGUUCCUGGUGUGGGUGGAGUUGGCAUUGGAGCAGCAGCUGCCUCGAAGCUCGCAGAGCGAUACGCCACACUCACAUCUCCUGAAGACUGCUCCAAGUUCCUGUUGUCUCCACGGGAGCUGGCUAUCUGGGAGGGCCAAGGAAGGAGCCUCUUAUCAGCUGUUCCUGCCAAACUGAUUCCACCACCCGCGCUAUUCAGAUCUGCUGGGGUGUCUGUGACUGUUCCCAUACCUGUACCUGUUCCUGGCGGCACCAGUGACUACACUGAGAUGGUGUGUAAGAGGAAGUGCUCAGAGGUGCAGAGGUGCACCCCCUGUAAGCAGCCGCGCUGCGCCUUCGCUGCCCCUGACGGAGUGCUGGAGAACGGGGGAGUGGGAGGAGGUGGAGAAGAGGCCUCCUCAAACUCUGAAACUGGCCACUGCCACCUCCCCAUCUGUCCACUCCCAUCCUCCUCCACUUCUUCUUCCUCUGCCUCCUCCUCUUCCUCCUCACCUGCUGAUGGCUGCUGCGGGUUGGGUCUUCAUGCUGAUCUGCCGCAUAGUUCAGACUCGUCCCCCUGCUGCCUGCAUCCUUAUGACGACUGCCAGGCGAGAAGUUCUGACACCACUGAUCACUCAAGUAUCAACCACCUGCCUUCCUCCAUCCUGCUUAAGGUGCUCUCUCACUUGACAGUGAAGGAGCGCUGUCUGUGUGCCUCACUUGUGUGUAAGUACUGGAGGGACCUCUGCUUGGACUUCCAGUUCUGGAAGCAAAUCGAUCUCAGUGGCCUACAACAAGUAAAUGAUGAUCUCCUGGUGAAAAUAGCCUCACGAAGGCAGAACGUGACAGAGAUUAACAUCUCUGACUGCAGAGGUGUCCAUGACCAUGGCGUGUCCUCCCUGGCCUCACACUGCCCAGGCCUGCAGAAGUACACGGCAUACCGAUGCAAGCAGCUAGGGGACAUGUCCCUGUCAGCCUUGGCCACACACUGCCCUCUGCUGGUGAAGGUGCAUGUGGGCAACCAGGACAAACUGACGGAUGAAGCACUAAAAAAGCUUGGAGAGCACUGCAGUGAGCUGAAGGACAUCCACCUUGGUCAGUGCUACAGUAUCACCAACGAGGGCAUGGUGGCCUUGGCUAGAGGUUGCCCUAAACUGCAGAGACUCUACCUGCAAGAGAACAAACUGGUCACUGAUCGGUCCGUGCGAGCAGUUGCUGAGCAUUGUCCUGAGCUGCAGUUUGUCGGCUUCAUGGGAUGCCCGGUGACCUCUCAGGGAGUCAUCCAUCUCACUGCGCUACGGAACCUGAGUGUCCUGGAUCUGCGGCACAUCUCAGAGCUCAACAACGAGACGGUGAUGGAGGUGGUGAGGAAAUGUCACAACCUUAGUUCCCUCAACCUCUGCCUCAACUGGAGCAUCAACGACAGGUGUGUGGAAAUCAUCGCCAAGGAGGGGAGAAGUCUGAAGGAGCUGUAUCUCGUGUCUUGUAAAAUCACAGACCACGCUCUGAUAGCCAUAGGCCAGUACAGCAGCACCAUAGAGACUGUGGAUGCCGGCUGGUGUAAGGACAUUACAGACCAGGGAGCCACACAGAUCGCUCAGAGCAGCAAGUCCCUCCGCUACCUGGGCCUCAUGAGAUGUGACAAGGUGAACGAGGAGACAGUGGAGAGGCUGGUGGUGCAGUACCCUCACAUUGUUUUCAGCACGGUGAUGCAGGAUUGCAAGAGAACCCUGGAGAGAGCUUAUCAAAUGGGCUGGAGCCCAAACGCAUCGAACACUUCGUAGCUACUGCUAGAUCCCUCUCACACACACACACACACACACACACACACACACACACACACACACACACACACACACACACACACACACACACACACACACACACACACACACACACACAGCCACACAGAGGCCCUUUUUGUGUACAGACACAAUCACACAAUAUUUGCAGCUCAGUCAUGUUUGCAUCUCAGCCACUGUUCUAACAUGCAUGUGAAUAUGUAGCUUCACACUCACAGACAAAGGUUCAGUUCAUCAUUUGUUUAAUCCAAAGCAAAUAUUCAAUUUUAAUCAUUUAAGAAAAAUAUGGGUAUUUUAUAGUUAAGUGAGAUGUCUAUCAAUCUUAGUUUAUAAACAACAACAUUACUGAAUCGUGCUCAUUGUCAUUUUCAAUAAGUCAGAUUACAUCCAAAAAUAUAGUGUGCUUUCUUUGACCAGAGUCUUGAGUGACUAGUUUGUUUUGGUGCAAAGCAAUGCACCAACUCGUGUUUUUGAUAUCUAUUUAGGUGAGAGUUACUCAGUUGAUAAGAGUAAUCAUUACUCGUACAUUUUAAGUUGUCCGUAUCAGAAAAGGUCAAGACGUAUAAGUGGUGGUCUGGUCCAAAACUAACGCAUGAUUUGUCCAAAGACAUUAAGGUAUAAUUGGACAGGAUAUUUUGAAUGAGCAUAGAAAAAAAAAGUUGUUCCUGAGCGCAGUGUCGAUGUUGGCCCCCUGCAGUGUUUACUUCCUUCAAACUGAACUUGACUGCUGCAUUGAGAUCGCGCAAGACCGAUCAGAGACGACAUCCCACAACUUCAGACCCGAAGGCAACUGAACUGCCAGUGCUUCAGACCUCACUUGAGGAAUAUUUGAGAAAUCUGUGAUGUUUAUUUUGUCCAAUUACAGUAGAUUUUUUUUCCUUGUUUGGAUGUUCAUUACAGUGUUAAAGGCAUUUGUGGAGUUAUACAUGUUGAGAUGUUUGACGAGGCUCCAUUUGAAGGACUGAGCUCUUUGCCGUGACUUAAUAUGCACAUUGUCACGGUAUAAAAUAAAGUUCAACACCUGGUAAAUUCAUGGCAGGAAAACAGCAUUGGUUAUGUCCCAGAAAAAUGCAUGUUUACAUUAAGAUCCUCAUCUUGUUUUUUUUUUGGCUACAGAUAUACUAGCUGCAGAUGAUCUGUAGGACUUGGGAACAAUGCUGUUUGUUAAUGCCAUGCAUACAUUUAGGGUUGAGUGAGCAUCAACUUGAGUCAGUACAGAAUAAAAUAAUGCUUGAAAUAGAAGUUGCCUUUACAUAAAAAACCUGGGUCAUGUUAUCAGAAUAUUAACCACAACCACCGUGAUGAUAGGUUAGAGGAAACGUUGCCUUAAGUGGUUAGUAGGGUAUUACCAUCUAUUUAGCAACCAUCAUUUACUGAAGAAAUGUUUGAGUUUAAUCGGAUCCCAUAUGCCCUUUGUUUGAUCUGAUGCAUUCGUAUAAUACUUUGUGGGAUUUACUUAGCUUGAUAUUGGUUUUGAGCAUAUACUUGUAACAUUAGCUAUGUAGCAAUGCAAGGAGGGAUUUAUCUUUCUUAGUUGUGUAGGAUUUAAAAAAAGAAAAUAAACAAAAAAAAUGGCUUGGGCCAAUAACCAGGGUCAUUGAAAGAUUAUAUGAGAAAGUUUGUUGUUUCUAUAGAACCUCAGCAGUGUACAGUUAAAAAUGCUAAUAACCAGGGUAUUUUUCUAUGGUGUGAACCUGCUCUGGGCUCAGCCUCCACACACUGUCUCAGACAUGAACAAUAGCGUACUGAGCUGAGGGGUGUGGGUCGAACUGUAAACUUUCUACAGCAUAUAGAGAUUCAGACAAUUAAAAACACCUUCAUUUUACCCUUGUCAGAAGUUGUAGACUUUAACCGAUGGAGAGUUUCUCCCUCGGGACUGUUUUUGUUCAGUUUCUGUUCUUUUGUAAUCCCUAUAUGCACUUUCUUCUCUGCUAGAUGUUGACACACUUGAUUCCUGAUUUGUUGAGGCAACCGUAAAUGAAUGGAUUUACAUAAAGAUGAAUAAAACACUACUUCAAGCUU